UGUGUCUGUUUUCUUCGUGUCCGCACUAUAAAUAGUGGCUUGGUGCCGCUUGGCGGGCCGCGCGCGCCAAGUUCCCCUCCUCCUCUUCCUCCUCCUCGUCCUCGUCGCGCUCUCUCUCUCAUCCUCCUGCGUGCCUCCUGUUCCAUGGACCGCGGGCCAUUGGCCGAGCAACAGCAGCAGCGGCUCCUGGAGUACCCUCGAGAAGGACGCCGUCAAGAUAACCUUCUGCACGCUCCCCCUCCCCCAGGGGGACCCUCCCGUUGCAGGUGUGUGUACUCGACUCAUAGGCAAGACAUAAGAUACGUCUGCUCCCUGUAGCCGCUAAUGUUUGGGCGGCGUCGGGACUCCUGCUGCUGUUACUGCUAAGAAUCCUGAACAGUGUGUGUGCGUGUCUCUCCAAGUGUUUAGGUAAAAGGGCGCGAAUAUCGCUGCGGCUAUACCUGAUCGGUGGUUGUACACUCCGAUCCGAAUCGGGCCAAAAGUGGCUUUCACACGAAAUAAAGCGGCCAACCUAUCAGUUGUGCGUGCGUCUGUGUGUGUGCUUGUGUUUUCAUCCAUCAGGACCCCACGUAGCUUAAUCAAACGACGUACGAGUUACAGCGGUAUCAGUUUAUGCUGGUCGCUCGAUUCUUAAUACAGGAUGUUUCGGCUGCCGCAGGAUCCGAGAGCCUCUUCAAAAUUUGGCUGAUUGCGCGCAAUGCGACAACAUGAGACCUGAUGGAUUGCACUGACUUUUAGCCGGCCCCCUGGGCACUAGUGCCCUGGUGUCUUUUAUCUUUUCUAUCUUCGUCUCGUGUGUUUACAAACAAUCGGUGAACAGUGCAAGUGAGUUUCGUUUGUGCCACAGUGAACAUAAACAUAAAAAGUGCAAACUGAAAGUGUUGUUUGGUGCAAUGUAUACAGCCAGUGCUCACGAAUUGUUGUGCUAGGCAGCAAAGUUGCUGGUUUAAUAGUUUUCUUCAUUUGGCAGAUCGUUGUUGUUUCUUGACAAGAACAUCAGAUGCCAGAACAAAUACAGAUCAAAAUGAACGGGGUAAUACCAAGUAUACCAGUCACUACCCUUGCGGGUAUAGCAAGUUUAUCCGACUUGUUGACAGAAAUGCCUCUGCCAGCACCAUUACCACAGACUCUUACCAACAAGUCAUUGUUGUUUCAUCCUAGAGUUGCAGACGAGGCACAAAUAUUGUUGAGUUCUAGCGAUGAAAAUUUGGUACCCCAGCUCAUCAUGUCACUUUCUCAGACCUCGUCUGAUCAUAUCGAGUUGAAGGAUCACUAUGCAAGUUUUGAGCAACCUUUGGAAGAGCAGCAAAAUCCUCCAGAACUUUUGCAAGCAAUAUUGCAAACUAGCCCCCAUGUAUUUCAAGGGCCACAAUACAAUUCCCCUCGAAGUUGGCCGCAACAGAGCCAUCAAAUGGCCAGCAAUUAUGAGGGAUUCUCCCCAUCUUAUUCAAAUUCAUCAUCAAAUUCGAGGCUAACGCCUCAAGACAGUCCUGCGCACAUGGGUGCGAGCAGCAGAUCAAUGUUACCUGGUGGGAUUCCACAUCCGCAGAACCCGGGUAUGCCUGUUGCACCCCAGAAUCAUACCAACGUUACACAAAGUAGUCCUUUCACUGUGCCUUCCCCGUCGCCUAGAGCAACCGUUAUAACAGAACAAACAAGAACGUCCACAACUCCGCAGCAUAUGAUGGAAGAUACUCAUUGUUUGAAUAACAUUGCUUCUCCAUUCGAGAUGCAUUCUCCAGCACACAUGAGUACACCCAGUCCGCUAGUAUCAACACUCGGCAACGUUACUCCUCAGCAUCAUGCAAUGGCAAGUGGCAUGACUCCUCAGCAUAAUAUCCAAAUGACACCUCCGAGCGAUAGUGGAAUCCCAUCGAGUCAACAUCAACCUCAGCAGCAGCAGCAGCAGCAGCAUCAUCAUCAUUCCCUGCACCAGCCUCAUCAAAUGCAUCAUCAACAACAACUAAACGUUCAUCAGCAAAUGUUUGAUCCUAUGAUCAACCGACCACUGCACCAGCCUCACUUACCUCAAGGCUUGGAUAUUGAUCAUACAAUCCACGAUAAUCAGCAGUUUGUCCUGGACCAGGUAGCAGGUCUUCCCGACAUCGAUAUACCUAUUGGAAGUUUAGAUGCGAGCCACAGUAGGGAUCUAAUGUCUGCUCAACUACCAGUAACUCAGGUCAAUGUGUUUGACAAUGUCAGUGCCAGUGUAAAUCUAAACAAUGCCAUGAUGCCUUUGCCUGACCCAGUACCGGUUAAUAUUCAGCAGCAGCCACACAUGCUCUUUAAUCAGCAACAUCCUAUGCAACCAACGUUAGCCCAGCAUCAUCUAGCUGAGCAGCAACAGUUUUCAAAUGAACAAUUGAACCUGCAUCAGCAACAGCAUGAAAUCCAGCAAAUGCAGCAAUUGCAAUAUCAACAGCCGGACCAACAGCAGCAGCUGUUGCAAGAACAGCCAAUGGUGCAGCAACAAAACAAUGCACAAGAAAAGGACGUAAAAAUUCCACUCAAAGAACCUGUUAUCAUGUUGAACAGGUUGCUAGCCGAUCAGGCGCUUUUGAAGCAAAAAUUGAACUCAUCCGCCGAAAAGUCAGUUGUGCGCUCAACGAGGACGAGUAUAUCGAGUCGCGACGACAAAUCGAUCAAGUCCGAGUCCGACAGUGAAGAGGAAAUCGGCAAAAACAACAAAUACUUCAAAGCCAAAGCGAAAGAGCGCCAAGCGAAGAAAGAACGUGAAAAGGCCGAGAAAAAAGGUAGCGUAGACGACAAGCGCGUGCUGAGUAGUGGAAGGAGAAAAAGGCUUUUUGAAGAGGACGAGGAUGAUAAAAAGGAUGAAAUUUUCGCGUCGGUUAAGCCAAAAAUUCGCAAAUUCGAGAAAAAACUGGUGCCCGUGCUACCGAAGCUCAGCGUGGAGGAGCUCAUGGAGACAAACACGUACCAGCGCUUCAACAUGUUGAUCGAGACGAUAUUCGAGAACACGGAAGAGGCAGCCCUGGACGAGAUAGACGAGGACGGCGACGUUCCGGCCGAGCUGCUCAUCAGCGAUCACCAACUGCAGGCGCUAUGUUCCGAGGCAGCUAAGCUCAAGUCCUUGGGGGCUAUGGAAUCCGUGCCUGCUGAAAAACUGGUGAGGUUGCUCAACAUUCUUGAGAAAAACAUCCGGGAUGGCGCUAAAGUCUCGCCCCUGGCCGAUCCGGACGACGACGCGGAGCAAAGCAAAAUGUGGAUGCAAAUCGCUAUGAGCCGGGUGCAACAAGCCGUCGACGCAUCCCUCGUUUGCCUACACAUCAUGACCUCGAGCAACAUGCCCAAGACCAUAUUCCUCGAGGACGUGAUAGACCGGAUAAUCCAAUUUAUCAAGUUCCAGCUGCAAAACACGAUAUUUCCCUCGUACGAUCCGGUCUACCGGAUAGACUCGAGAAACAAGACUGAUAACUUUAACGCGAGCGGCAGGAAGAAGCGCAGCCACGCCAAGGAGGUCCGCGAGAAGAAUCUCCUGAUGGUGUACAGUAAACUGAACGAGUUGGUCGGCUUGCUGGCCGAGCUACUAGGCAUACAGAUCCUCACCGACACGAGCGUGCUGCACGCUUCGACACUCGGAGUCGCGCCGUUCUUCGUCGAGAAUGUCAGUGACCUACAGCUCAGCUCGCUCAAGCUCGUCACCGUCAUCUUCACCAAGUACGAGAAGCACCGGCGGAUAUUGCUCGAGGACAUAAUAGCGUCGAUCGCCCGGCUACCGAGCAGCAAGCGCAGCCUGAGGACCUACCGGCUCAGCACCGACGAGUACAUUCAAAUGCUGACUGCCCUGGUACUUCAAUUGAUCCAGUGCGUGGUCGUGCUGUCGGAUUUCACUGUAAUCCCGACGCGGGACAACAAGAAACUCCUCGGGGUCAAGGAACCCGAGGACAAGAAAGACGGCCAGAUGAGCCAACUCCAGCCUACAGACGUGGACGUGCUUGUGCUCGGCAAAUACGAUGCGGCUCAACGGCUGGCGGGCAACUUUCUGACGGCCUUUCUCAACAAGUGCGGUAGCAAAGGCGAGGAAAUCGACUAUAGGCCGCUCUUCGAAAACUUUGUCCAGGAUCUUUUGGCUACGGUCAACAAACCCGAAUGGCCGGCCGCCGAGCUGAUGCUCAGUUUGCUCGGUAAGCUGUUGGUCCAGCACUUUACCACCAAGAAUUCGGACAUGUCGCUCAGAGUGGCCUCGAUCGAAUACCUGGGGGUCGUGGCCGCGAGGUUGCGCAAGGACGCCGUGAGCUCGCAGUGCAAACUCGACACCAUCGAUCAAAUAAUCAGGGACAUAAAACUCGAGCAGAGCCGUGACAUCGAGUACGAUCAGGUCAAGGACAAGGACAUUUCGGGAUUGAGCGAAUCCGAGGAGCGAGUUGUCUUUCUGCAGAAGGUGAUGCUCGACUAUUUGGCUGUCAACGGCACCAAGGACUCGGCGCUCGGCUACGCCCGGCACUUUUAUCUCGCCCAGUGGUACAAGGAUUGCGCAAUGGAGAAGCAAAAGGUAGGCCAGCCGAAGAAUGUACUGACGCCGAGUAAAAAGUUGUCCAGGAAGAUGAAGGCGAAGAAAAAAGGAGGCCGAAAUCGAAUGGUGAGCGACGACGAGAGCGAGCCAGAGAUUACCGAAGAUCUCCAGCCCGACGAGAAUGACAACGACAGCGAGCAAAAGUACUCCGAGACCUACCGUAUCAUCGAUGAGCGCAAAAAGCUUAUAAUCAGCAAAAUCCGGCCGUACAGCUCGGGUACGAAGCCCGACAUCUUGCAGACUUACAUAGACUACAACACGGCCGAGCUGAUAACCCAGUACCUGGCUUCGACGCGGCCCUUCUCCCAGAGCUUCGAUCGUUACCUGCGCGACAUCCUCUGCGUGCUCACCGAAAACUCGAUAGCCAUUCGCACCAAGGCGAUGAAGUGCCUGACGAUGAUAGUCGAGGCCGAUCCCAACGUGCUCGCCCGCUCGGACAUGCAACUGGGCGUCAAGCAUUCGUUUCUCGAUCAUUCGACCUCGGUGCGCGAAGCCGCGGUCGAUCUCGUCGGAAAAUUCGUUCUUAGCCGGCCAGUGCUCAUCGACAAGUACUACGACAUACUGCUGGCGCGGAUACUGGAUACCGGGGUCAGUGUGAGGAAACGCGUCAUUAAGAUUCUCAAGGACAUAUGCAUGGAGUUUCCGGAGUACGAAAAGAUUCCCGAGAUAUGCGUGAAAAUGAUCAGGCGCGUUAACGACGAGGAGGGAAUCAGAAAGUUGGUGAUGGAGGUCUUCCAAAACAUGUGGUUCACGCCGGUCAAGGAGAAACCGAUUCUCGAUCACAAGGCUCUGCUGAGGAAGGUGAUGAACAUAACGGACGUCGUGGCCGCUUGCAAGGACAUCGGACUCGAGUGGUUUGAGCAGCUGCUGGUCAGUCUAUUCAAGCCCAAAGAAGACAAGGAAGACAGCACGAAAAUGGUGGUUGAGCCGCCGAAAGCUCUGGUCACGGCGUGCACGCAGAUCGUCGACUGCCUGAUUGAAAACGUGCUUAGGCUCGAGGAGACGAAUCUGCCGAGUCCGAGUAGCCACACCGACGAGGGAGGUGAUCAGAAACGUGGUUCCUCGCAGCGCCUCGUAGCUUGCCUAACCACCCUCCACCUGUUUGCCAAGAUCAGGCCACAGCUGUUGGUGAACCACGCGAUAACACUGCAGCCGUAUCUUAGCUUGAAAUGUCAGACGCAAGGCGAUUAUCAGAUAAUCAGUAGUGUGGCGCACACGUUGGAACUAGUGGUUCCCCUGAUCGAACACCCGAGUGAGACUUUCCUCGCCCAGCUCGAGGAAGACUCGGUCAAGUUGAUAUUACAGCACGAUCGAACGGUAGUAUCGAGCUGUCUCUCUUGUCUCGGCUCCAUCGUCAACAACGUCACGCGCAACUUCAAGCUCAUACGCGACUGCUUCAACAAAUACUAUGGCAGCCUCACGACGUAUAAAUCGUAUUACGAGCAGAAUCCUGACAAUCCCCUGUUGCAGAAGUUCAAGCCCUUCUUCCGCCGGGCCUUGUUCACGGUGGGCUUGCUGCUCCGGCACUUUGAUUUCACGGAUCUGCAGGUGAUCGACGGCUUGCCCGAGAACAUCAAGGACCAGGUCUUUGAAACCCUUAGUUACUUCGUCAACCAGGAGAACGACGACGCGCGUCACUUUACCCUGUCGGCGAUCGGCUCGCUUUGCAUCAGACAUUACGACUUUAUGAUGCUGCCGCAGCUCGAGGAGCUGUACCACUACUUCCUCACCUCGGAUUGCGCAUCGGUGCAAAUGAGGAUCCAGGUGCUCAAGAACAUCGAGCUUUAUCUCGCCGAGGAGGAAAAGCGGAUGAUAAAGCAAGACCUCGAGUGGGCAAAAAUGUCCAAAAAAGAAAAUCUCAAAGAAAUGGGCGACAUUUCGUCCGGAAUGGCUAGCGCGGUCAUUCAGCGCUACCUCAAGCAGAUUCUGGAAUCGUUUUUGCACGCGAACCUCAGCGUUAGACACGCUGCGCUCAAGGUCAUUCAGUUGAUCCUUGCACAGGGUCUGGUUCACCCGGUUACGAUAGUGCCCUAUCUCAUUUGCAUGAGCACCGAUUUCGAGACGAGCGUCAGUCACAGUGCCGACAAGCAGCUACAGGAGAUCGAGAAAAAGUAUCCGGGCUUCGUGCACACGAAAGCUAGCGUUGGCAUCAAGCUUAGUUAUAGGCUCCAGCAGAUAUUGCAAAAGGAUGCAGCAGUGGUGCGAGGCAUGAGGGUCAAAGAGAACGAGUACCCGUCUGCCCUCAAUGGUUUUCUGUACACGAUACUCAGGAGCACGAAGCAACAGAGGCGAGCCAUCGUGCAGUCGUUCCUCAAGCAGUUUGACGAGAGCGUCAAGACUAGUCUCUCGCAGAUGUUAUACCUUGCGGACAAUCUCGCUUACUUUUCCUAUCAAGUGCAGGACGAGCCGCUGUUUAUCAUUCACCACAUAGACAUCGUUAUUUCGAUGGCUGGUACAAACCUGCUUCAGUUGUUCAAGGAAGCGCUGUUACCGAAAAUUGGUGCCCACCCAAAGCCACAGGAGCAGCUGCAGCAGCCGCAACCUAUUCCGCAGCCUAUGGAAAUGGAACAACAGCAGCUCCCUCAAGAACAAGUGCAGCAACAACAACAGCAACAUGAAGCGCACUUACCUCUGCUGCCUCAACAGUAUCCUUAUCCACAGCUUUCAAUGUAUUAUCCACAGGCUGGAGAAAUGCGGAUAGCAAACGAAUUAGCAGUAGGUUUGAUGCCAAUGACAGGGCUGAAUUAUCCAAGUGCUCCCACCGUACCUCAACAAGUGCCUCUGGUACCUCAACCAACAGUAGAACAACAGCACCAUUCGGUACAACCGCAAGGUAGAACAAAGCAGGAUCCGGUGUUGGCAGCGCUCGCAGAGGACGAGGAGGAUGACGAGGAAGACGAAGAAUCGGUGCUUCAAAGAUUACCGCAAGAUACGAAAUUACUGCGGCAAUAUAUAAACGCCAGUCAGGGUUUUCUCUUGUUGCUAACCCUUAGGCAGCAUCUCAAAGAUCUCUACGGCUUCUCCGACGCCAAAAUAAGUCAGUACUCACCGUCCGAAGCAGCCAAAGUUUACGAAAAGGCAGUAAAUCGCAAAAACAAUUUGCACUUCAAGCCCAAAAACACGCUGCAAAGGCUCAAAAAUGACAAAAAAGAUGAAGAUGAACUGGAUGAACAAGGCAGACAACAGCUUGUCAAGGAAUACCUCGAUUUCAAACAGCUCAUAAUGAAGUUCGAUCCCGACGACCCUGAAGAAGAUGAUGACGACGCAGGUGGUUCCGCUCCAAGAUCAAAGCGCGUCCUCGACAAAGUUGCUAAUUCGUCCGAGCCGGAUCGGCCAACUGAUGCGGCCGGCGUUGUUCAGUAUCAGGUGCACCAGGUGCAAGAGCACCCCAACAACUCGAUGAAUCCGGUUCCAGGACCUCCCCGAGUGCCCAAACUCACGAUACACGCGAGCCAUCAUCCGACCUCCGCGGAGAAGGAUCACCACAGAAAGCACCGCACGCACAAACCAGAGAAGCCAAAAAAACACAAGAAAAAGAAGAGGAGAAGACUAUCGGACAGCAGUGACAGCGCAGAGGACUUUAGCGACCCAGACUACCAAGCGUGAGUAGCAACGUAAAACAGUCGUUCGAUCAAUUGUCGUUUGGCUGGUGUGAACUAUUUUCGUUGUCUCGCUAAUAGUGUUCUGGACUCGUUAUCCGUAGAGCCGUCGAUGAAAGUUCAUCUCUGUACAUAUAUAACAUAGGUUUUUAAAACAAUAUUAGGAAGCAGGGGACGAGAUGGUUAAAGACAAUGUUAAUUACAUGAAUAUUAAAUGUAGUGAUAAAUCUAAUGUAAAAAUUAUGAAAUGACGGAUGCUUUUUAUUUCGAGUGUGAAGAACAUGAUGAUUCUUCCCCGGAAAUAUGAAGAAAAAAGGACCAGCCGACACAUAAUACAGUUUUUCAAAUCCAUUUAACGGAUGUUGAGGGAAUCCGUAGUGAAAGAUAGUUUUUAAUUUUUUUAAUUAUUUACGAACGCUAUUCGUCAGAUUUUCUCAGGCGCAAGUUUACGAGAAUAUUAUAUUAGGAUAGCCAAUUUGAAAAGGUAAAGAAUUUAGAUGGAGCAAUGAAUAUAGUAUAGUAUAUAAUAAGUAAAGUAUUGUUUGCAUGGGAAAAAGUAACAAAAUAUUCUGUAAAUAUUGUCGAUAUAUUAAGAUAUACUAAAAAUCUGUGACUGAAGUAUCUUAUUUUCUUACGUGAAAUUGAACAUAGUGUAUAAUCGUACAUAAUUUGGAUGGACAACACAAUUAAGAUAAUUAUUACUCAAAAUUUAGUUCAAUUCCUUGCUCUGUCAAAAUAAAUCGUACCUUUAAACGAAAAAGAGUCGUAUUCUUAUCAUCGAUGUAUAUGUUGUUAUUGUACGUCAGAUGUUUACAUGAAAUAAAUUUUAUGCAAAUUGUAAAUUAUGCCAUAACAGCUAUAACUUUGACGCAAUACAAGAAUGUGGAUCGAUUCACGUAAGUGAAAGAUCUUUAAAUUGAACAAAUUUAAUUUUAGUGUCUUACAAGUUGAAAUUAUUUUUCACUUGCUUGAAAUACCUAAAAUUAUUUAUUACACAAAAGUAUAAUGCAUUUUCAUGGUUUUGCGUUGUUUAGGAAUACUUUUCAAGUUAAUAUUGCGGAAUUCUUCGAGCACGAUUUAAUAAAUUAUCAAAAUAAAUCUAUAGAUAUUCUUUUUUGUGUAAUAUUUAUUUGAACCGAGAUUAAUUUAAUACUUUAGACUACUGACUCUAGACAAACGAAAA